GAUUUAUUUAUUUUUAUUAUUGCAAUUUUGGUUAUUUUUUGCAAAUUGUCAUUGUUUAGCCUUAACUGACCAAAAGGCAAGAAAUAACAUUUAAUCCCAGUUAUUGAACAUUACUAAAUGUUUAAUAAUGUUUAAUAACUUAGGCCAUGUUUUUAAGGUUUUGGCCAAAACUGGGUGUAUUUCAGGAGUUCAAAAUGAUCUUACAAAUUAGGUGAUUACGAUAAAAGCAUAUCUGAAACAAUACAAUGCUACCUCAUAGAUAAAACUGUUAUCCUCAGAUAUUCCUGGCUAUAUCUUUUAACUAUUUAAAUAUCUUUUAAAUUGAAAUCCAUUUUUGUCUUUGCCAGCUCAUGCUAAUACAAUUUAAACUUUCUCCCUCUUAUGUUUGUUAGAUUUUGACCACUCAACAUGAAAUCAAUUUCAAAGAUCAAAAUAAAUCUGUAGGCGUCAGUCAAUUGAACACAUUAACCAGAUAUUAAACAAAUUAAACAUGUGCUCUCUCAUGAGGGCAAGAGAUGAAAGAGCGUAUGUUUCUGGACUCUACAGGUGCUACUAUAGAUAAUGCUGUUUAAUCGAGAGAUAUGUAAUAAAAAAUGUUUGAAUUACACCACAUCUUGUAACUCGUGUUAUUACUGAUAUGCUUAUGUCCGGCAGAGACUGAGAAGCUGCCACCAUGAACGAUAAUAAGGACCGUCUCACAGCUUGCGCUCAUUUCUCUUUGCCUUGUCGCUUGUGAAACGGCACAUUUACAGCACACAAACUUUUCAUAUUCGCCAUUCCUCUCCCACUGCAUUAUUCUUAACUGCUGAUCAAGCUUGUUCUCUUACAACACUAUGCCAGUAUUCCCCACACUCCAUGAUACCAUGACAGAUUCAUGACAGUGCUUCUGAAGUCUUAAAGGAGCCACGUGUCUUUUGCGACAUGUUCGAUCGGCUUGUGCGACCGGCCAAAUUACCGACCACUGAUCGAGUCAUAGGAUGUAAAUAUCGGUGGCCGAUCAAUCGGAGCAUCCCUAAUGCACUACUAAAACUGUCACUUUAUAAGCACUGUGGCAAGCAGUGAAGCUUCCUUAUCCUAAAUAUGAAAUCACAAUUUGUGCACCUUUAAUUUACAGUCCCUGUAAAAGGCUUAAAUUCACAGCUUCAUUUUCAGUGCAAGAAGAUACUGUAGCCACACCAAGUCAGUUUUUUGUAAAUUUCCUCAUGUCUCAAACGUGACCGAAAACAAUAAAAGUGAAUGGUAACUGAGGCUGUCAUUCUGCCUAACAUCUCCUUUUGAGUUCCAUAGAAGAAAGAAAGUCAUACAGGUUUGGGACAGCAUGAUGUCUGUCUAACAUUAAGGUGAAGGCGAUACACACCAUGAUGCAACACAAUGACGGCAAAGGUGAUUGCUGACACAUUGCAGCAAAGGAUGCUGGGUAAUACCAAACGUUUUUUCAGCAGUGCGGAUGAGAAAGAUGACGAGGAUGAGGAAGAUGAGGAGGAGAGAUUGAAGAGAGGGAAACAAAAUGGGAUGAUAGAUGUGGAAGAAAAGGAACACCAUAACCACGGUGGACGCAAGGCAGAGGGGUCAAAGCCUGCAGCCAUUGUGAUUGGAUGGCAAAGAGGAGACAGACAGCCCAGGAUGGUCAAUUCUGCCCAAAGAGGAAUUCCUCAUUUGCCCAGUCAGCCAACGCUUUAUCAUCAGAUGACCAAUCAGCCGCAGUAUCAUCCGGUCCUGACCAAUCAGCAGGCACGGAGGCGUCUCAUGGAGCGGAGUAUGACCACAGUCACGCCUGUAGAAGACUCGCACCUCGCCAUCAUGUUGUUCCGCAUUGGCAUACCUGAUAUCAAACAAACGAAGUGUUUGCGGUUUGAUCCCGAUGCCUCUGUUUGGAUUGCGAAGCAGCAGAUAAUUUGCACCCUCAGUGAGUCGUUGUGGGACGUUUACAAUUAUGGCCUUUUCCAGCCAGCGGGAGACAGACGAGAUGCUAAGUUCCUGGAGGAAGAGCGCUUGCUUGGAGAAUUCUCACAGUCCGUGGAGAAGGGAGUGCCCUACCUGGAGUUCAGAUACAAGACACGAGUCUACAAACAGACAAACCUGGAUGAGAAACAACUUGCAAAGUUGCACACCAAGGCCAAUCUGAAGAAGUUCCUGGAUUAUGUUCAGUGUGGAGCCGUGGAGAAGUUGAGUAAAGCUCUGGAGAAGGGACUCGAUCCAAACUACCACGACACUGAGAGCGGAGAGACUCCUCUUAGUCUGGCGGUUCAGGGGAGUUUGAGCGUGGAAGGAAUCCGUGUUCUGGUGCUGAAUGGGGCCCAUGUGGAUUUCCGGUCCAGAGACGGUCUCACACCCCUCCAUAAAGCCGUUAGAGCUCACAACCAAUCAGCACUGCUGGCGCUGCUGUCUCUGGGGGCCUCUCCGGAUUAUCGGGACCGCUGUGGUCUGACGCCACUGUACCACUCAGUGCUGACAGGGGGUGACACUUCCUGUUGUGAAGCUCUGCUGUAUUACGGAGCUCAACUGGGCGUCAGAGAUGAGAAUGGAUGGGAUGAGUCACAUCAGGCGUGCCAGCACGGAUUUGCUCAACAUUUAGAACAUCUUCUUUUCUAUGGUGCUGACACCACUUCCCAGAAUGCAUCAGGAAACACUGCCCUUCACAUUUGUGCACUUUACAACAAGGAGAGUUGUGUCCGGGUCCUCCUUUAUAGAGGAGCCAAUAAGGAGAUCAAAAACAAACAUGGCCAAACCCCUUUCCAGGCUGCUGUGAUGUCCGGCCAUUUUGAACUUGGAGAAAUCAUAAAAAAUCACAAUGAUGCAGAAAUUGUUCCAUUUUUGGAAACUCCUAAAUAUGCCCCUCACUGUAUGGACAAUGUGCCAAAUCAAGCCCACACAGCUGGCCUUCAACAUCAGUACCCGCUGCUCCGCGCCAAGAGUGAGAACAUGAUGACAACACUCAUGGAUCCUGUAGCUCUGCCCACCGCUGCUGCCAGCAUGCCGCCUGCUCAAACUCAGCGCCGGGCGUCUUUCGCUCUGAGGAGUUCCAGCAGUCCACGUGGAGCUCGAACACGUUCUCCAUCUCGUGGGAGAGAAGGAGGAGACAUGGAGGAGAAACAGCAAAAACAACGCGGGAGGCAAGGAGGGGAUGGCGGCCAGAGGAAGAGGCUGUACAGUGCUGUUCCGGGUCGUGUGUUUGUGGCAACACAUUCACACUCAGCUCACAGUGAGCGUGAGAUCAGCCUCAGCAAAGGGGACAAGGUUAAAGUGCUCAGUGUGGGUGAAGGGGGAUUCUGGGAAGGGACAGUGAAGGGUCACACAGGCUGGUUUCCUGCCGACUGUGUAGAAGAGGUGCUGCCCCAAAACCAGGAUCCACAAACAGAGAGCCGCAAUGAGAAAGCGAAGAGGAAACUGUUUCGUCAUUACACUGUUGGAACGUACGACGGCCUUGAGGUGCCGAGUGACUACAUCAUAAAGGAGAAAACUGUUCUUCUGCAGAAAAAAGACAAUGAAGGCUUCGGUUUUGUACUCAGAGGAGCUAAAGCUCAGACUCCAGUUGAAGAGUUUAGUCCGACUCCAGCCUUUCCUGCUCUGCAGUACCUUGAGUCUGUCGAUGAGGGGGGCGUCGCCUGGAGGUCUGGUCUGCGGAUGGGGGACUUCCUGAUUGAGGUGAAUGGGAUGAAUGUAGUGAAGGUGGGUCACAGGCAGGUGGUGAACAUGAUUCGUCAGGGCGGGAACAGUUUAAUGGUGAAGGUUGUCAUGGUAGCGCGCAAUCCUGAGAUUGAGGAAAUGCCCAAAAAGAAAGUUCCCCAGCAAAGUAAGCGGCUAACCCCUCCGGCUAUCGCGCUACGCUCCAAAUCCAUGACUUCAGAACUGGAGGAGAUGGCAUCACCAUGGAAGAAGAAAUCAGAUCACACUGAAAGCUCACAAGCUCCAGAGAAGAAGAGAAGUGUGUAUCAAAUGGCUCUUAAUAAACUGGACGAGAUUCUAGCCGCUGCUCAACAUUCAAUUAGCACGCCAGACUCUCAGGGUCAUAGAGGUCACGGGGGCAAGAAGGAGCGAAACAAGGGCUUUACUGCAAAUGAGCAAACAGAUGAACAGUCAGGUGUUGACAUGAUGUCAUCAGGGUCUGAGUAUGGUUAUAACCAAGCUCAGUUUACAUUAGGCCAUUCAACUCAGCGUGCAAUGAUGAUGCGUCAGAAAUCUAUGGUAGUGACUGAAGAAGAGAGGGUACAUCUGCAUCCUGCUAUGAAGUUGUCCCGCAGCCUUUCUGUGCCAGGACCAGAGGAUAUACCCCCUCCACCAGACACCUCAGCGCCUGAGCCGCCCCUGUCUGCCGGUGGCCACACAGACAGGAGAGCAGCACCAACACAUUUUUAUGGUGUCCCACCUCUGCCUCCAUCACACAAUCCAUCUCACAGCCAGACACAGCACAGAGUCCAGCCCAACAGCAGGGUGGAAACUGAUACCAGCAAGAAGGGCGGAGCAAGAAUUGGUGGCCUGAGGCAUGGCUAUAGCAAUGCCGUGCCUCCCUCUGAUGUAGGUGCCAAGCAGUCCACCACACAGCGGAACCAAGGGCCAGUGGUCGUCAAGAUCGCAGGUCGGCAGGUUGGGAAGGGGCUGUUGGUGAAACAACGCAAGGUGGAGGAGACUACAAGCAGUGUUGAUAAAAGUUCCAUUUCAAUCCCAACGAUUAUUGUUAAAGCGCCAUCUACCAGCAGCUCUGGGCAUAGCAGUCGUGCAAGCAGUGAGGACACAGAGCCUCCUCCUGAGCUUAACAAAGAGCAGGAGGAGGGUAAGCCUCCAAACUCAGUGACUACUCCUACACCCACUCCACCUCAACCACCCAAUAAACCGACAAAACUGGAAUCUUUAGGUAGGAGCACAGCACAGCGUGAACGCGAGCAUUACCGUGAUUCCCGUCAGAGAAGCGCCUCUUUCUUCUAUUCUUCUGAGGAGGACAUGUUAGAUGAGCAGGAGUCUACUGAGACUUCAGCCGAGACUAGCUCCUCUGUUCGUUUGAACCGUUCCAAAUCUAUCGAUGAGGGCUUAAUCUCUGGUGAUGCCUUAAGCAUGCCACCUGCAUUUGGGUUGCCACAGUAUGCAUCAGCUACAUCUCAUCAGGCCACUACUUUCAUCCACCCGUUGACAGGAAAAGUUCUAGACCCAACAAGCCCUCUUGGACUAGCGCUGGCAGCAAGGGAACGAGCGCUGAAAGAUGACCGUCAUACACAUAAAGAGGAACGACACUUUGGUCGGCAGCUGUCAAGCACUGGAGUCUUUCCUUCCGCCAUCUCCCCACCCAAACAGGAGCCAGUUCCUCCCUUCUAUAACUACCAAUCACAAACCUCACUCUACCUAAGUGACGCACCUCCAACAUCAGGUGGGCCGGUACCCCAGAGUCGCCCCCAGUCUCCUCGGAUGUUGCGACUGAGUGGUGGUGGGAUGGAAAGUCUGGAGUGGAACGAAAAGAAUGUAGCGGAUAGAGACGAAAGAGGGGCUACCAAGGUGCGGUUCACCGAAAAUCAAGUGAAUCAGUACCAGACUCACCUUCAAGACAGGGACAACAGAACAAAUCAGUACCAAACUUACCUGUUUGACAGAGAGAGAGAAGGGCACAAGAGGAUACCACCCAAGCCCCCGCCCCGCAGGCCAUCCUUUCCAGGCAAGGAAAGUGAACUCAGCAGAGCUGGUAAAAGUCCUACUAGCAAUGCCCAGGAGACAGACAGGGCAGGACAGAAGACGGGAGACAGGGAAAGAGAGAGCGGAAUGGAGAGGGAGGUAGAGAAAGAUCUAAAGAGAGGAGGAAAUCUAGGAGAUGGAGAUGUAAUGGUACUUCCACCUCCAGCACCUUCUGUGGAUGUGGACGAUGAGCUUGUGUUUGCAGAGCCUCUACCACCCCCAAUCCAAUUUGCCAACGGAAUAGAAAUCGACAUGCACGGAAUGAUAGAAUAUAGUCAAAAGCAUAUGGAGGUGUCAGGAUCGCAGUCACUCAAGGAGUCCCUGCAAAUGCUGCCCAAACCCUUGCAAGACUCCAUGUCCCUGCCAGUCAACACUAAUGCUGACUCUCAGCAGACACUGAUCCAUCCUUCUGCAGUUGUACAUCCAUUUAUUUUCCCACCGAAUCCUCUGAUACACCCUCCCCAGCUGUGUCCCAAAAUACCAACCCCAAAUCCACCUCAAUCCCAACUCCCAGUUUAUUCCCAACCUCCACAACAUCUGAACACCAUCCAACCACAACCUUUACCUUCGCCACAAGCGGGAGACUCUGCCACAUCUAGUAUUACAUCUUAUGACAGUGAGGUGGCCAAUCUUACUCAGUCUGCUCUUUCCCCAUCUCUUCCUUCUCUGCAAACCUUCCCGUCUUCCAGUUUGCCAUCUGCCCCUCUGCAUCAGACUCUCCCACUUUUCUACCCACCGCAAGGCCACAGCAAUGUGUCCCUUUCAUAUCAAACCUUGGCUGCAACUGCAGCUGUAGUAACUGUCACCACAACAAUGCCUUUGGAAAGCUUGUCAUCAGUUGCAGUUGCAGGUGACCGAUCUCUGAAGGGCCAUGAUUGGCCAGAAGCUGUGGUAGAUUCUGGAAUUGAAGAACUGGAUAGUCACAGCAGCAGUGAUCAUCAUAUGGAAAACCUUGUGAGGGAAAAAGGAGGAGGACAAGAGAAGGAAAGAGGAGGAAGAAGGCGAGAAAGCAUGGAGAGUGGGAUUGUUGGGGAUGGGUUUAAAGGCGACAGACGAGUGUCUCCCGAUUCAUCACUUUCUCACACAGAGAAAUUCGCUCAAAAAGUAAACAGUGCUCAGAACAAUACACACACGCACAAAUCCAAAUCUCCAAACCUUCCGCCCACCAAAACACACUUGCACAACAUGUCAAAGUAUCGUGGACAUGCAGAGAAUGGGCGGACCGGACCAUCACUACAGCGGCAGGCAAGCACAGCUCCCGACAUAUAUAGAUCAAGGGAAGAGCAUGAACUGGGAAGAGGUGGCUAUACCGCAGUGAAGAUGCCACCAUUUAUGGACCGCCGUCUGAAGUCACCUCUCUCCAGCGUUAAAGCCAGCAUCAUUAAUGAACUGAGCAGUAAACUACAGCAGUUUGGUGGUUGGCAGGGCCAGGGGCCACAGCAAAUUCACAGGUUUUCAGUUGAUUCCUUAGGCUGUGCACCCCUCCUUCCUCCCACUGCGCACUCUCUCCAGCAUUCCUUCACCUCAGACCUACCCCCUAACUCUUUAACAUCUAACUGCCCUGCUGCUGCUCUUAACCCUAACCCUGUAUCCUCGUCUCCUCUUCCCAUGACCCCUCUAACCCCAGCCUUAACUCCCACCCCACUACCUCUGACCCCAGCCCCAGCUCCACCACCUCUCAAAGACUGGACUCCAUCAAAUUCUCCUAUUUCUUUUCCUCAUGGGAUUCUGUCCCCUCCGUCGUUGCCCCACACCCCUCUGUCUCCCCUCUCCCUCGCUCAUGCACCCCUCUCUCCUCCAUCGUUACCUCAUCCCCCAAUUUCUCCAAUUUCUCUCUCGCAUCCACCUCUCUCUCCUUCCUCCAUGACUCACUCUCCCCUCUCUCCAUCCUAUUCCCAGUAUCCAUUGUCUCCAAAACAUCGCUCAAAGUAUCGUGGCAAAGCUUCAGAGUUUUUGUUCUCAAGGCCGGAGCUAAGGCGCUCCGAAUCACAUUCGUACAGUCAACGACGCAGAGCACCCAGUCCUCUCAUCUCCUGCUCGGACCACCCACAACCUGGACCCCCACGGCCAUCCUCGCUCCCUCUCUUUCCUUCUACCCCACUCUAUGGCUCUCUGUAUGAAAUACAACCCCCUUUAACGCCCCCUCUAGCAGUCGCCCAUCAUUUAUCAGACCACUUCUUCUCCCAAACUUCUCCUCUGUUCCCGAUCCCGUCCCCUGUGGCUCCUUCGAACCCCACGCUGGUCUCCAGCUCUCUCUCCCCGACCAACUUCCUCUCUGGAGGCUCCUCCCCUUCCUGUAUGAGCUACCCUCCCCUAACACAUCCUCCACCCAAUCAGCCCUUUAUGUCUAAGCCCCUCCCCUACUGGAGCAAAUACGAUGUUGCAGAUUGGCUGACAUACCUUAAUCUGGCAGAGCACCGGGAAUGUUUUCUCAACAACGAGAUCGACGGAUCCCACCUGCCAUCUCUGACAAAGGAGGACUUCCUGGAUCUGGGCGUGAGCCGGGUCGGACAUCGCAUGAACAUUGAACGUGCGCUUAAGAGAUUUACAGACAGGCUCUCCUCUGCUUUCUCGGUCUCCACUGUUUCCUCUGAUGUGCAGAACGAACGUAUCAGGGAUGAGGGUACACAGAGCUAGAGAGAGAGAGAAAGACAGUUAGAGAAUAGAAAGGAUGGGGUUAUACAGAAAAUAAGUACUUGGAAUAAAAGGGAAAGACGUCCGCUGAAGGACACACACUGGAUGUGGAUGAUUGGACAGGAGAAACUGACAUGGUGCAGCAUGAACGCUCUCUAAUAAAGCGAUCUUCUCCUUCAUCCUUCUGAGCACGUUUGUCCUCCCAGUUGAGGCUAGGAUGACAAACGUCCAGAGCCAAUCAGAGACAGACAGAAAGAAUGUACUACUUUCAUUAUUUUUUAUUUAUUUAUUUAUUUAUUUAUUUUUUGGCAAGAUCAAACGUGAUGGAUUUGAGUAAUAUGUUAUUAUUAUAUAAACACAAAUGAGGCUGUUGUGCAUAUGUUAGCAUCAUGACAGUCAGGCUUUGAUUCAUACGAUAAUGACCAUGAUUAAAGUCAACAUGAAAUCCAAAAUGACCCUGUUUACUUCCUUAAUAUUCAUUCUUGGUCUUAUUGUGCAGGAUUCAUCUGUGCAUGUUAUUCUAAAUAAAAAUUAAUCCAUAAUAGAUUUCUUUACUUUUCGGCUGACAUCAUCCUCUUACAUUUCAGUCCUCACCUCCAACCACAUGUCAUUUAGAGACUGUUUUUCAAAAUCAAGCCAUACUUUUUCCCUCACUUAGUAUCUAGUAUUUAGUUGCAAUCAGAAAUAUGUCAGAUUACAGAAGUAAAAUGGGUUGCAAAAGGCAUUUCAUGUUGACUUUAUACCGUAAAAGCUCUAACAACAACAACAACAACAACAACAACAAAAUCAUGAUUCCAAUAAUUACCAUAUAUGAAUUAAGUAUUUAAGCAUUUUAUUAACAGAAUCAGUCUUCCAAAGAUCAGAACACAAUGAAAGAACCCAUUGUUUAUAUUGCUUAAGUGCACUCUGUUCAGCCUACACAAACACACACAUGUACGCUAAUACAGUCUGUGUGUGUGUUUGUACGUGUGUGUGUUUGUUAUGGUGUGUGCUUGUUUUAUAGGAGUAAUGCAUAACUCUAUUUCAUUUAAAAAAUAUUUAAGGAUAUAAGAACAAAGGAAAUAUAUAUGUCUGUGUGUGUAUGGAAAUGUAUGCAGAAUUAAAUAUAUAUAUAUCAGAUAUUUCUAUUGUUCUGUACAUUAAUUGAUGAAUAUGAUGAUACAUAAACUUA